UGUAUUAAUGAUUUUUUCACGAUUUUGAAUAUUUCGAAUAGAAAUUAAAUAAAUUAUAGAAAUAAAUAAAUCGCAUAAACUUUGAAAUCUAUUUUAAAGUCAGAAAUGAUUCAACAAUUUGUUUAAACGAAAUUAAUUUUUCUAUCUGUUUCCUUCAAGUAUUAGAACCAAUCUCAUCAACGGUGCGAAUAUAUUUAUGAUAAUUAAAUAAUUACGUUUAAAAAAAAGUAUGAUGCACUAAUGUUAACCAUUUAUGUGAUUUAUGUCGACAUGUUUGAAAAAUGGCGGGAAAAAUUCUUACAGGCACAUUUUAUGAAUAUAUAGAGAUUUCUAAUUCGAUAUUCUUUUGCAGUUUAGAAGAACGAUGCAAUCAUGGUGAGCGAUUCGUCUAAAAUUCUUGGGCUGGUCAUCAAGGCCAUUAAAAAUCUUCGCGAAUUAAAAGGAUCGACUUAAGAAAUCUUGCAUUAUCUCUCCUCUGUCUACGAUAUAUUACCAAAUGUAGCGCGUCGUCAGAUGCAAACGGCUUUGAAACGGGGGGUGGCGUACGGCAUCUUGAAGAAGAAUGGCGCCCAUUACAUUUUACCGACGAACGGGGACAUAAAGUGUCAAGAGAUCGCCGAGCAAGAGGUGAAUCUGUUGGACGCCUGCCGCAGGAGCAGGAUGCAGCGGAAGAUGGGGUGCAAGUGCAAGAAAAAACGGCGCAGACGUGGGAGGAAGAGGAGAUUCUGCAGAUGCAAGCGUAGAAGACGCGUGAGGCGUAGGCGGGCGGCUCGAAGGGGGUGCCGAACUCGUAGGAGGCGGAGGCGAUCUCGUAGCCGAAGAAGGAGGAGAAGGAAAUGCCCGUGCGGCGGCACGGGGCGCAGCGGGGAUUUGGAUCGGCUGAAAAGAGCCCCCACCUACCAUCCGUUCGAUAAAUUCUCCACGCGGAAAUCGUUGGAAGGUUACGAUUCCGCGGUCAGCGAGAAGAGUUCUUUGUCCAGUGUCUCCUCGAUGGAGUAGAAACGCAUAUGAUUCUUCGUGGUGUGUAUAUGUAUGUCGUAUAUUGGGUAAAGUAUUUUAGGCAUAGUAUUGUAUUUUUAUGUAAUUUAUUAUUAUUUAUGAAACGAUUUUUAUGGGAAUGUUUAUAUCGAAAUGUACGAUAUUUGUUAAUCAUGUUCCUCAUUUAUCAAAAAGUUAAGAGUCUUUUUGAGAUUUGUUUGAAAUAUAUUGGGUGUUUUAAGUUAUUUUAAGUUAUGUGAUCAAUAUGUUGUUAAUAUAGGGAAUGUUAUUGCAAAAGAAGAAUUGGUCUUGAUCUUAAAUAGGAAUUACUGAAAUGUCGCGGCCAAUUUCUUUUUGUUUUAAGUAGAAGAUGAAAUAGGGGUGAGCAGUUUGUACCAUAACAAAGCAAAGCUUGAGGCAGCAAUUUAUUCGAGAAGCUUUUCUUGAGGGGCGUAUUCCCAUGUUUUGUAAAGUAGCAAAUUGAUAUGAUGGUAAACAGCUCGGGGAGGAAAUGGAAAAUGGUUCGAGAUAGAAUCAGAUUUAGCGGAAGGAAGAUUGAAUGAAAUGUUUUGCUGCUAAUAAUAAUUAGUAUUUGUUUGAGAAAAUUAAAAGUGGGAGAAAAAAAUGAUCAAUUAGCCCGAUGAGAUAAUUAACUGAUUAUUUGAGUCUUUAUGAUAAAGUAGAUUUAUACCUUCUUAAUUUAUAUCGUUUCUUUUUUUUUUUUUUACAGUGAUGCAAGAAGAUAGAAAAUCAUCUUCUAAAGCAACUUAUAAAUCGUCAUAUGUAAAUUAAUAUAGAAGAUUCAAGUAUCAACAUGUUGGUUGUAAAGUAUAUCUUCCUAA